AGACGAGGUAACCUCCUCUUCGUCUCUCUCACUCUUCCUCUCUCGAUUUGGCUCCCUCACUCUCAAAUGCCUGUGUUUGAGGGGAAGCAGCCGUGCCGUUGAAGCCCGUGGAAUACAACCUAAAGUUCAGGUACAUUGCCAAUAUUGAUGAGGAUGUUGAUAGGGCAAAGACCACCAUGACUAGUACAAAUGCAAAACAAGCUCGGAGUCGUGUUUAUUUGGACAUCGGGAGGUUCUUCUUUGAAAAUGCAAUUCCUUUCAACGUGGCAAGGAGUCCAUCAUUCAUCAACAUGUGUCGAUCAAUUGGUUCAUAUGGACGAGGCCUUAAACCUCCUACCAUGGAUGAAUUGAGAACAUGGAUUUUGAAGGAGGAGCUGGACACUUCUGAGGAAAUAGUUAAUGAUAUUAAGAAGACAUGGGCGCACACAGGGGUUUCAAUACUAUCUGAUGGUUGGACUGACAUUUCUGGGAGGACUUUGAUAAACUUUCUUGUGAAUAAUCCAAAUGGGACGGUGUUCUUGAGAUGUGUUGAUGCUUCUGAACAUGUGAAGGAUGCAGAUUUGUUAUUUAAGUUGCUUGAUGGCAUUGUUGAGGAAGUUGGGGAAGAGUUAGUGGUUCAAGUUGUGACGGACAAUGCAAGUAACUACAAAGCAGUAGGAAAAAUAUUGAUGGAGAAAAGAAAGCACAUUUAUUGGACUCCAUGCGCGGCACAUUGUUUGGAUUUGAUGCUGGAAAAAAUUGGAGAGUUGCCACAACAUAAGAGAGCUGUACUCAAGGCCAAGAAAGUAAGCAAUUUCAUCUAUAAUCAUGCUUGGGUGUUGGCUUUGAUGAGGAAAUUUACAAAGAGAGAAAUCAUUAGACCAGCUGUCACUAGAUUUGCAACUUCUGUGUUGACUUUAAGAUGCAUGUAUGAGCUUAGACAACCUCUUGAAUCAAUGUUCACUUCACAACAAUGGGCGGGGUGUAAAUGGGCAAACACAAGUGAUGGCAAAGAGGUGAGGAAAAUAGUUCUUAAAGAUAAAACUUUUUGGCCUAGCGUGAGUUAUGCACUUAAAACAACAGAGUCGUUGGUGGAAGUGUUGAGACUUGUUGAUUCUGAGAAGAAACCUGCUAUGGGUUAUAUUUAUAAUGCUAUGGAUAAAGCAAAGGAAGAAAUAGCGAAAAACUUGGGUGGAGAACUAGCAUAUUACAAGGAGAUUUGGGGCAUUAUUGAUGAAAAAUGGGAGUUCCAAUUGCAUCGUCCUUUGCAUGCUGCUGCUUAUUUCUUGAAUCCCGAGUUUCAGUAUCAAGAUAACUUCCUUUUUGAUGCAGAAGUGAAGGCGGGAUUGUACAGUUCAAUGAAAAAGAUCAUCCCUAAUUCAAAUGAUUUCCUCACUGCUGAUCUACAGUUGGAUGAUUUUCGAAAGAAACAAGGGCUUUUUGGGUACGAAAAUGCUAAGAGAUCGGUCUCAAAGCGUUCUCCAGUUGAUUGGUGGAUCAACUUUGGAGAUGAAGUACCAGAGUUGCAAAAGUUUGCAAUUAAAGUUUUGGGACUCACUUGUUCGUCAUCCGCAUGUGAACGAAAUUGGAGCACAUUCAAUCAAGUGCACACCAAAAAGAGGAAUCGGUUAACCACGAAGAAGAUGAAUGACUUGGUAUAUAUUUUGUAUAACAAGAAGUUGAAAGAUCGACAUUUAAAGCUUCAAGAGGUUACCGAAGAUCCUUUGGUUCUUGAUGACAUAGCUUCGGAUGAUGAGUGGGUUGCUAAUCCUCCUAAUCCAAAUGAUAUUGGAGAAGAAAUUGAAACUUCGACACUGUAUCAAGAAGAGCAUAAUGUUAUUUGUGAUUCUCAAGGAUUGGAAGGAGGAAGUGGAGGUGGAGGUGGUGGAGCAAGAGCAAGUGGUGGAGCAAGCAAAAGGAAAAUGAGUAAAGGGAAGGAUAAAGAAACAAGACCAAUGAAAAAGAGUAAAGGGAAGGAUAAAGGAAAAGGGGUUCUCAUCCAUGAGGAAGAAGAGGAGGAAUUCCAAGAUGCUAGUAGUGAUGAUUUGGAUGAGUUGGAUGGUCUACCUAUUCGAUUUGAGGAUGACUCUUUAGAUGAUGAAGCAAGUUCCUUUUGACGAAGUUGUUCUAUCAUGGGUGAUUUCACGGGUUUCAAUUAGUGCCAAGCUUGUUGAGCAGCUUAUCGAUGAUGGUAGGAGGUCCAAGAAGAAAACUAAGAGAGUCAAACCUAAAAUACCAAGAUAACCUCUAAAGCCCCAAUCAAAGGUAAAGGACGAACAGAUUUCUGAUGCUUCUGAAGUGCACAAGGGAACUGCUUCUGCAGGAUGGCCACUUCAACCACCAGUGUUUCUGCCAAUUACCCCACCUGCACCCCCUGCGAACACCGAGUUAGAUGCCAUUCGUUCCAUCAUUCAAGAAGGUGAAAAAGUGUUGGAUAAGUUGCAGAAGCAGGAGGAAACCUUGGCACAGGAAGUGACUCUGAGAGCCAAAGAUCUCUGUGAUAAGGAGUUCAAGCUCCCAUACCAGAAGCCAAUGUCGUGUUUUGUUGAGAUUGAUGCUUGCAAGGCAUGCUACAAGGAGAAUGUUAAGAAUCCCUUGAAAUGUGGGCAUCUGAUACAAAUUUUUGCUGAAUGUGCUCGUAGAGUUAGACAGCAAGUGAGUUCAGCAGAUAAAUCGUAGACUUCGCAAGAUGGAAAUUACAGGUUAUAUACAUGACACAAGCCAAUUACCUGUGUGAGAGAAUUGUUUUUUCUUAUCACCAUUAUUAGACUCCUUGCUGUGUUCUAUUUGCGUCGUCCAAGUUUUUUUUUUUUUCAAUAAAUUUUUCACUAUGUUUCAAGGGGUAAACUGUGUUUUACUUCUCAAGUGUAAGCCGUCAUAGUAGCCUACCGAACUUUCAAGAGCUUGAAUAUGGCCCUUGUUAUUUGAUGUGUAAAAUCAUGCAUUAGGCCUAUUUUGAAA